CGUGCGUAGAAGAAGAAUGCAUAGACUGGGAAGGCAAGUCGGUCCCACACGGGCUCCUGUACGUGCCGGGCCCAGGGGUUUGCUCACUCUGCGUGUGCUACCACUCGGAACCCAUGUGGUGCAAGGCUAUCUACUGUGACCCGCCUUAUUUCUGCAAGAAUUUCCGCAAAGGCGAGAGUUGCUGCGAAUUCGAAUGUCUCGACCCUCCCGGAGAAGACACAAGGUACCAGGAGAGGCAGAGACUGCGAGCCCUCAUCCUCUCGGGCAACUCAUCAGCACCCCACGUAGCGCCCUCUGUGGAGCUGAAGGCUGGCAUCAGUUUGCUCGCCAUGGCCGUAGCUAGAAUCGUAUGAGACUUGUAAAAUAUAGGUUUUAAAAUUUGUGGAUGGAU